AUGCCUUCCACCACUGCCUCCGACGACUACGAGCACUGGCCCGACGACAGCAAGUACUGGUCCAAGGACGCCGGCGCGGCGCCAGGCUACGACGACAACAACGGACUUCAGUCUCACUCGUACCUCGCUGCCAAGUCUCCACCUCCCGCCAAAUCUCCUUCUCCCGCCGCGGAGGAGGAGAAGAGUGAGGCUGCUGAUGACGCCGCCGCUGCUCCGACCUUCUUCGCUCCUCAGCCGCUGUACAUCCCACAGCCAUCGAGCCUCGCUCACCCAACCCCACAGUUCUACUCUCACCCACAGCCAAUGUACGGCGCCUUCCCACCUCAGGGAUACUACACCUACGCCUCGCCCGUCCCACCCGUCGUCGUCGCGGCUUCCAAGCCCAAGACUCCCAAGCCAGCCGCUGCAGUCAUCACUGCUCCGGCUCCCGCCAACUACCACGUCUACACGCCAGCAUUCCAUGGGGCUCCCGCCGUCGAAGUCGAGGAGCCCAAGCAGCCACAGCCCAAUGUCUGGCAGGGACGUACCAAGGCUCAAGUCCAGGAAGACAACAUGAAGUACGCGAAGACCGAAGGUGCCUGGGACCCACGCAAGGUCGCUCCUGUCGGUCUCGCCGAUGAGCAAAUGUGCUGGGUCAUUGAGCUCGACGGUUCUCACACUCUGCGGUGA